CCCCCCCCCCCCCCCCCCCAGUGUCACUUGCAAAUUCUGGGAUCUUCCCUCUCUCACUCUGAUUCUUCAGAUUCUUUGUUUUGGCUCGCUAAACAGAUCCGGCAAGUUUUGAUUCACCGAAGAAAGAAAGCAUGAGUAACUCUGUAGUCCACAACUUACUAAACCGGGGUUUGAUUCGUCCUGUUACUUUUGACCAUCAUAACAAGCUCAACUCUUCUUCCUGCGUUCCUGCUCUUUCUGUUACUUCUGACAAGAUUGGCAAAUCGAAAUUAUACGGGAAAGGUCUUAAAAAGACCGGUCGUAGUCUCAUCACUGAAACUGGUAGACCUGUCUCAUUUGUCCCACGAGCUGUUCUUGCCAUGGAUCCUGCUUCUCAGGCAACCGAGAAAUUUAAUCUUGACGGCAAUAUUGACUUACUGGUCGAAGUCACUUCUGCAACUGUAAGAGAAGUAAAUAUCCAGAUCGCUCAUACAAGUGACUCAUUGCUUCUACACUGGGGUGCGAUUCGUGACAACAAUGAAAAAUGGGUUCUACCUUCUCGCUCUCCGGAUAGAACUAUAAACUACAAGAACAGAGCGCUUAGAACUCCAUUUGUUAAAUCCGGUGCCAACUCUUACCUUAAACUAGAGAUAGAUGAUCGUGCCAUACACGCUAUUGAGUUUCUUAUUUUUGACGAAAGUCGGAACAAGUGGUAUAAAAACAAUGGGCAAAAUUUUCGUAUAAACUUACCCACGGAAAGGAAUGUGGAAAACAAUGUUUCUGUUCCUGAAGACCUUGUACAGAUCCAAGCAUAUCUUAGAUGGGAACGUAACGGUAAACAAAUGUACAACCCUGAGAAAGAGAAGGAGGAAUAUGAAGCUGCCCGUAUGGAGCUACAUGAAGAAAUGAUGCGAGGUGCUUCAGUGGAAGAUCUCCGAGCAAAGUUGUUGAAGAAAGAUAACACUAAUGAAUCUCCAAAAUCUAAUGAUACUUCAUCCAGUGGACGAGAGACACAGAAAAAAGUUUCCAAACAACCAGAGCGUAAAAAAAAUUAUCGCACUGAGAAGAUCCAGCGUAAGGGAAGGGACCUGAAUAAGCUUAUCUAUAAGCAUGUUGCUGAUUUUGUUGAACCAAAAUCCAAUUCUUCAAAUGAACCACGGUCCUUAACAACUCUGGAGAUAUACGCCAAAGCAAAGGAGGAACAAGAAACCACUCCGGUCUUUAGCAAGAAAACAUUCAAGCUUGAAGGCAGUGCGAUUUUGGUUCUUGUCACUAAACUUCCCGGAAAGACGAAAAUUCAUCUGGCAACUGAUUUUAAAGAGCCGGUUACCCUUCACUGGGCUUUGUCACAAAACGGUGGAGAGUGGUUGGACCCACCUUCAGAUAUACUGCCACCAAACUCUUUGCCAGUACGUGGUGCUGUUGAUACAAAACUGACUGUGACAUCAACAGAUCUUCCUAGUCCGGUUCAAACUUUUGAGCUGGAAAUAGAAGGCGACAGCUACAAGGGCAUGCCGUUUGUACUCAAUGCUGGUGAAAGGUGGAUUAAAAAUAAUGACAGUGACUUUUAUGUGGACUUUUCUAAAGAAGAAAAACAUAUUCAGAAGGUUCCUCUUCCUUCUUGGUCUGCUAUAAACCACUUUCAAUUGCACCCUAUUGUCCCAUAA